AUGGAAUUUCCAACAAAAUAUGUAUAUGUAACAUCAAAUAUUGAAAAACCAAAAGAAUGGUUUUCAGAAUCUGAAAUGAAUGUUUCACAAUCAAAUAAUAGUACAGUUCAAAAAAGCUUUACAAAUACAAACUCCCCUUCAUCAACCAAAAACUCUGGUGGUGAAGCUGUUUUAUUAGAUAUUUUAGAUACUGCAGGCCAAGAAGAGUAUUCAUGUAUGAGAGACCAAUAUGUUAGAACUGGUGAUGCAUUUAUGUUGGUAUUUAGCGUUACAUCAAGAUCAUCAUUCGAAGAAAUUUCAAUUCUUAGAGAACAUGCAUUAAGAGUAAAGGAUCGUGAUGAUGUACCAUUCAUAAUUGUUGGUAACAAAGUCGAUUUAGAUAGAGAAAGACAAGUUUCAAAAAUCGAAGCUGAGUCAUUGGCAAGAUCAUUAGGUAUCCCAUAUAUUGAAACUUCUGCUAAAACAAGAGUUAAUAUCGAAGAAAGUUUCUUUAGAUUAGUACGUCACACUCCACGUAAUACUGUAUAUAAAAUUGUAGUUAUGGGCUCUGGUGGUGUUGGUAAAUCAUCAAUUAUUAUUCAGUUUAUUCAAAAUCAUUUUGUUGAAGAAUAUGAUCCAACUAUUGAAGAUUCAUACAGAAAACAAGUUACAAUUUCAGGUUUACCACCACCAGGAGGAAACAAAGAUAAUAAAUCAUCAUCAUCAUCAUCAUCAGCAAAGUCUUCAGGUGGUUUGUUUAGCAAAAUGUUUUCAUCAAAAACUCCAACACCAACCAAACCAACAACACCCCAACCACCACCAACAACAGGACAAUAUUCAAUUACAAAAUUAGAAACUAAUUGUUUAACAUAUUCAAUGUCAAGCCUUUCAACAAAUACUCCACUUGUUACUGGUGAUGCAACUUAUUGCCAAGGCUGUAAUAUUAUUUUAAAUAGAUUUUCACAGUUAUCUAAAAAUUCAGAUGACUCUUACAAUUGGAAAUGCGAAUUUUGCAAAUUUAACAACGAAAAUUUAAUGUUAGAAAAAGAUGAAAUUCCAAAUAAAGAUUCAGUUGAAUAUAUUUUAGCUACCAAUUCUAAUGACCAAAUAAAGAAUAAAGAAGAAUCAGUUAUUGUUUAUUGUAUCGAUAUUUCAGGUUCAAUGGGUAUUACAACUGAGAUUCCAGCACUUCAAUCAGAAUGGAGCAAUCUUAGAAAAGGUAAAUCAAAUAGUGGUCCAUCCUAUAUCUCCAGAUUAGAGUGUGUACAAUCAUCUAUUCCAACAAUGAUUGAUCGUCUUGCAAUUCAACAUCCAAAUAAAAGAGUAGUUUUAGUUACCUUUUCAGAUGAAGUUAUGAUAUAUUCACAAAAGUCAAAUGAAGGUCCAACUGUUGUAACUGGUGAUAAAUUAGAAGAUUUCGAGCAAUUAAUAGAAAUUGGUAAAUCAUUUAAAUAUGAUCAAUUAACCACCGCCAAAGGUUCACAAGAGUUCUUAAAAACUAAAAUCAAAGGUCUUGAACCAGUUCAAUCCACUGCCUUGGGCCCAGCUCUUUUAAUCUCUGCCGCCAUUGCUGGUCAGAAAAUGUUAAGUGAAGUCGUUAUUUGUACUGAUGGUAUGCCAAAUGUUGGUUUGGGUGCCAUUGAAGAUUUACCAAUUGGUCCUGCUGAACAAUUUUAUCAAGAUGUUAUUAAAAUUGCUCAAACUAAUAAGACCACUGUUAACAUUAUUGGUAUUAGUGGAUGUCAAAUUGAUCUAGGUGUAAUUGGUAAAGUUUCAGAACAAACAAAUGGUACAAUUACAAUUAUUCAUCCAUUAGAGUUAGCCAGAGAAAUCCGUAAACUUACUCAAAACCCAGUCAUUGCCACCGAUAUUGAAAUGAGUGUUUGUCUUCAUCCAACCUUAGAGUUCAAUAAAUAUGAUAGCAGACAGGGCCUCAGUCGUUUAGUUAAAACUUUCCCAAAUGUAAACUCCGAAACUGAUCUUUCAUUCGUUUACACUUCAAGAGCAAGACCAUCAGAGUUUGUACAAAACUACCCAUACCAAGUUCAAUUAAAAUAUACCAAAUUAGAUGGUACUCGUUGUCUUCGUGUUGUAAGUGCUCAAUUAAAAGCUACACCACGUUUCGAACAAUCUACCGAAAAUGCAGAUAUUUCGACAUUAUCAUUAGCAUUCACCCAACAUGCUGCAAAAGUUGCCCAACAAGAAGAAUACCUCGAAGCUCGUUUAAUAUUAAGAGCUGCCUCUCGUUUAAUUCGUUCUAUUUGCCAAACUGAUGAACAAUGGGAAGAAUUUUAUAAUUUUGAAGUAUUAAAAGAAGAGUUAGAAUUACCAUUAAUUGAAUGUCAAAAGAAAAAACAAACCAAAUGCAAAACACCAUCUAGUGAAGAAAAUAAAAUUGCAUCUGAUGAACAACUUCAAACUUUCUACAAGAUGAAAAAUGUUCAUAAAUCAUUUGUUGUUGGUGGAAAAAAGAAAGAUAUCACAAGAAGAAAGGGUGAAUCCGAAAUUAAUAAGCAAUACUAUGAUAUUAGAUUUUAAAUUAUUAUAGUCCUUGUAUUUUUAUUUAUAACCCAAAGUUAAUAAACCUAUAAAUUGUAUUUUAUAUUUUUUUUUUAAAACUCU